GAGCGCGGAUCAGACUCAGUUCGGCUUAAAAACUAAAAAAACAAAAACCCCAAAAAAGUCCCUCGUGCGCGGAGCACCGGUGGGUCUCGCUUCCAGGCGCGCGGAGAAAGUCAGGUGAUAAGAAGAAGCGGAAAAUUUUGCAGCGCGCGCGCGGAUUUACCUGUACCUGUGACUCUCCCUCUCUUUCUCUACCUCUCUGAGUUCUUUUAGUAUUAUUUUUAUUUUUGGGAAGGUUGCAUGCACGCGCUUUUCUCCCGCGUGGGAAUAAGUGGUGCACCGCUCGUCUGGCCAACAUGAGCGGGCACUCGCGCGCGUGGAGGAUCCUGCAGAUGCUCUUGGCCAUGGUAGUUCCUGCGCUCGUGCAAGAACUGGACAGUCAGGAGGUGUCUGAUGUUGGCGGAUCCUCCAGUCCGUAUCCCAUGUUCCUUCCUGUCAACUACCAGGUGCGAGAUGCCGACUAUUUCCUCUUAAAAGAGGCGGGACAAGACAUCAUGCGCAACUCCAGCAUGCAGAGCCACACCCAGCCCUUCGUCGUGCUCAGGGCAGAGCGCCUCCCUGUGGUCAAUGCUAGCUAUGGCCCACUCUCCACGGAACGGGAGAUCCCUCUGGACUUGGUCCAGUCCGUGCAGCUUUUCCGGCCUUCCCCACCCGUCUUCACCUUCAAUUGGAAGGUGCGGUCCUUCGUCCUGACCCGGUGGGUUUACUCUUCAUCUCCGAAAGUUCGUGUGUUGUUUUACAUCGCUGGCCGGGACUGGGACAGAGGAACCAAGGACAAGGGAACCAAGGAUGAACUUCCUUGCGUAACUGUCUAUGCCUUCUGGCAGACACAGGAGGUGCGAGGAUCCUGUUUGAUCUCCAAUGAACGAGGGACUUGCAUGGCAGAAGUUGAGCCCCCUGCUGGCUGGUUCAGCCCCACUGAAGGAACAGGGGCAUCCAGCCGGGAACGUCAAGGUUUGGCUCCAGGGAACCCCCUGGAACUCUAUUACCAGGCUCAGCCCAGCAAAUCUGGAAGCUGUGGUGGAGGACUGGAAGGUGGGAAGAGGUGGGGGACAGCUGGAGUAAAUUCACGAUUUUCACAAGUUGAGUACGUGCCCAUGACUCCAAUGCAGAGGAUUGGCAGUGUGCGUCUCCUGCAGGUGCGGGCAGGUGCUACACCUGUUUCUGUGCUCAGGCUUGGGGAGGCUGUGGUGAUCCAGACCUCCUCCAAACCUCUGAGGAAAACAGACAUUGCGUCCUUCUACGUCUACAUGAGGAGCUCUGCCAACCUUGACACCUUCUCUCUCAGGGCCAUGGUGAAGAAGGGUGUGUCCUUCCGCACAGCCACACCCAGCAACACUCUGCUAUGGGACAUCACGCUGGAUACUGGUUCUGACGGCAGUGUGGGGGUUAUCUGUCAAAAGCGCUCCAGUGGGAGUGGGAAAAGGCUGAGCAAGCUCCAGGCCAUCCUGCAGAUGGAUUUCGAGGUGGAGGACGUCAGCAGUCAGUCAGAAAUCCAAGUGAUUAAAUGGGAACUGGCUCUUCCUGAUGAUGUCAAAAUGCUGGGAGCAUCUGAGGGCCUGAUGAGGAUCUACACCACCCAGAGGGACUUUGUCGGCUUGGCUCCUCUAGUCAUGGACACAGAGCUAAUGAACACAGCAGUGUUAACCGGAAAAAGAGUGGUAGUGCCAGUCCGAACGGUUGCUGUGGAGACAGAUGGAUCCGUUACUGACGUGUCGGACUUCACCGAUUGCAGCUCCACAGACGAGGAUGUGCUUAAGGUAUCAGACAGGUGUGACUUUGUCUACGUGAACGGUAAAGAGACGAAGGGUCGGGUGCGGAUGCUGGUGAACUUCACCUACAGCUACCUGAGUGCUCAGCUGGAGAUGAAGGUGUGGAUUCCUCGUCUUCCUCUGGACAUUGAGGUGUCGGAUACAGAGCUGAGUCAGAUCAAGAACUGGAGGAUCCCAAUCACCUCCAACAAGAGCAGGCUGGGCUGGAGCAGUGAGGAAGAGAGGAAAGGCCGAGGCUGCAUGCUGCAGUUCCAGCAUGCUCUGGUUCGAGUCCUCACACACUUCGUGGCAGAGCAGUCGGACCCCCGGGAACCUCAGGCCUAUUUCCUGGGCUCUGACUGGCAGGUGGACGUCACUAAACUGGUGCGCUACUUCCUGAAGGUGGAGGACCCCAGCAUCGUCCGUCUGCAGGCCGGCAGGGUGCUGUCAGGACGGGACGUGGGCACCACCUCCAUAAAGGUUCUGUCUCCUCUGUCGGACUCUGUCCUGGGGGAGAAGAUGAUACGGGUGCUGGACGAGAGAGUGAGCAUCACUGAGCUUGGCCUGCAGCUGGUCAGCGGCCUUACUCUCAACCUGCAGCUCAGCACUGGAAGCAACCGAGCCAUCAGCGCCACGGCAACCACACAAGAAGUGCUCAACAGCCCCAAACAGGAGGCGAUGUUGAGCUCAUGGUUGCAGUUCAGUGAUGGCUCCCUGACCCCUCUGGACAUAUACGACCCCACCCACUACCGCCUGACUGUUACGUCAUUGGACGAGGGCGUCAUCUCUAUACGGGAUUCACCUCUGGCCGUGGUGGCAGAGGGCGAGGGCCAGGGGGCGCUGGUGAGAGCCGAAAUGGCUAUAAGCGAGGUUUGCCAGAAGACGAAGCGCAAGAGCACUCUGGCCGUGGGCAGCGGAAGCUUAACGGUCAAGUUCCAGAUAAACAGCAGACGUGCGGAAAACAGCAGCAACAACAACAGCGUCGACGGCAGCGGCACGGGGAGCAUAGCGGUGGGGAACGCCAAGGACAACAGCAGCGACUACGGGAAUGACGGCGAGGAAACAGAUGGUGACAAGAAGCAGCAGCAGCCUGAGCAGGUGCCGAGCAGAAGUUCUGCUCUGGAACGAGAGGAAAGUGCAGUGAGAAAGAUAACCACCACCACCAAGUCAACCUCGCGAGCCUCUUCAGCAGGCAGCCUUGCGAAUGACCUGGAUGUGGGAGGAGCCAAUGACGCCUCAGCAGGUGUCAGCAAACCUGGGAAUAUUCUGAAUAACGAGAACAUCCUCAGUCCUGCCAGACCGGGAAGGGACAGCAGUACGAGGAAUCUCGACAAUGGUGUUCAGGUCACGAAAAGCACAGGUAAAGCUCCAGGAAACUUGCUGAAUUACAACAACUAUCCUGCACAGGUGGAGGUGCCUGUGCAGGAGCCGAAAAACGACAACAGUGACUACGGUGAUGAUGGCGAAUCUGAAGGGCCACUAACAAACCGGCCGCUUACGGACCUCGAGAUUGGGAUGUACGCGUUACUGUGCGUCUUUUGCUUGGCGAUUCUUGUAUUCCUGGUCAACUGCAUCUCGUACUUGGUGAAAUUCCGCCACAAGCAGCCGCCAUCGCAGGCUCCUGAGCAUACUGGCCAUCGGCACGACUGGGUAUGGCUGGGUACAGAUGCUGAGCUUGUCAUGAAUGUUCCAGGCAGCCCGUUGCAGCAGGAUACGCACAGCACCACUGUAAUUGACAUUGGACCUAAUACGGAGACUUGUGGCACUCUCACGAGAAGGACAAGCUGCCAGGUGGCCUCAGUGUCCGGGGAGACGAAUGUAGGGUGCGUGGGGUCACUCCGGAACAAAUCGGGCAGAAGCGAGUCCCUGCACUCGCCCACCAGCAAGAGGAAGAGGGUUCAGUUCACCACUUUCACCUCGCUGGACCGUCAGAAUUCGCCUGUUACGAUACCCAGGGAAAACGGCCACGGCAUCCAGUGGGUGGGCAAGGAAGAGAACUGUGCGUCACCGACACCUGAGGUGCCACGUACUACUGAGCCUCUACAGGAGCUAUAAUAAAGAUGGAGGGUGUCCUCACACAAACCCUUAGACACAGUAUGCAUCUCUCAUGGUACAUUAGGGACUUGCUAGCCCUAAAUGUAUCUGUUUAAGGUCACCCAUAUGCCUUCUGUCUUGGAGUAAAGGGAGUGGAACCAAAAGACUCCAGUGUUUUUUUUUUGUUUGUUUUACACCAGACAUUUGGGAUUGAUUACGCGGUUGAGGUACAGUCUAGUUUCCACAGUGCUGACUCACGGUCUCUAGAAAUCCCAGGUUGUGAUAUAUUUUGUUUGUGUCUAGGCUCAAAAGCCGUGCUCCGCCUUUAUAUGACUGAGUAAAGCAACAAGGAAAAGACAAGAGCAAUAUCCUAAUAUUUCAAUGGUGCUUAGCAGUAACACAUAAAGCAUCUUGGAUUUUUGUGUCGCAACAUCACAGAACAAUCGGUGGACUGACUGUAACCCCCUGAGAAGGUUCUUCUGCAGGAGGACUGAAGCUAUGAUCUACAAGACUUAAAGAUCUACAGAAUUGCCACUGUGAAUAGAACCUUGAUUUUUUUUUACAGAAUCAGCACGAUUAUUGUGUAUAUUUAAGUUCGAUUUAAUGUUCACUUUAAAGCACCCUGCAUUUGUAUGUUGAGUUGGAUUUAAAUUAACUUAUUAAACAUGUUUUUCAUUGACUAGAAAA